AUGAUCCGUCCGGCCGAUGGUGUUGAUGCGAUCGGAAGCGGGAUUUCCGACCGUCGGGGAGAAGAUACAACCUCGACAAGUGAUCUACCGGGCACUGCCAACCAUCCAGACACUACUCCUAGCAUUUCGCUACUACCACCUGAUCUCGAGGAGGCCUUUUCCUGCUGUAUCGCGGAGUUCGUCAACGCCGACCACUUGGCACGCAAACGGGUUUUCCUCACAGAAAAAGCCACCGCCGCUCAAGAGGAGUACGAGAAGGAACAAAGAAGGAGCUCUCAAUUUCCCGAUGUCAUUGAUCAGGCUGAACAGACAAAGAAGAGAAUUGAAGCUGAUCGUGAUGUAGCGAAAGUUGAGGAAGAUAUGUGUGUGGCCACGAGAAAGACCCAGUGUUCCCGCUACCUACGUCUGCAAUCCGAGCACUUUGCCACCGAUCUUCACAAAUGCAAUGAGGCUUUGUCGGCUAGGGUGCGCGCUCUCGAACAAGACCAAAAAAAUCGCGCCUCGCAACAAGCAGACGCGAUUAUGUUGUCUCGAAUUGAAUUCGAGAAGCAGCAGAGUCGAAUUCAAAGACUGGAAGAAUCCUACGUCCAGCAAGUGUCGUGGGAGCGAAAAGCCAAGGACGAACUUGCGACGAGAGUAGCCACCUUGGAAGCCUGGAUGCGAGAGUCUGCAGUGGGAUCAGAUUUGAAUGAAAGGGUGAAGCAGAUUGAACAAGAAUUGGGCCAACUGGUGAAGAGUGUACAGCAAGUCGUCGACACGUCAAGGGAAAGGUUGAACUUGCUUGAGCAACAAUCUGAGCAAUAUAAGGAUGCCCUGGAUCCGAUUCGUAAAGAGCUCGAAGACCUUAAGUCGUCAAGGGAUCGAGAAGAUGUCGCAAAGAUUGACAAAGAGCAGAAGUCCUUGUGGAUCAAAUUAGCUGGACAGGCAAACCUGCUGCAAACCUUGAAGCUGGACCUCGAUAAGGUUCGGUCACCCAAUGGCCCAUUCGCCGAGCACGGGGUGAGGCAGGCGGAGCACGAUUGGUUGUGUGGCAAGCUCGAAGCAUUCCGCGAAGAAAUUCAGAUAGAGAAGCACUUGCAUUUUCUCCUAGCCCUGAGCACACACAUCGCCGGAAUCCAGAAGGAUUUGUAUGUUGCAAAGCCCGUUGGUCAUCGACGUAUAUCUGUUUGCAGGGUCACAGAACUUGAAAACGCGGUUUCUAAACUCAAGGACGAAGUGGAAACCCUAUGCAAAGAUAGAUCUCUGCUUGUUCGAGACAGCAGUCAAAGAGACAGUGUGGGACCGAAAACCGACGAGGAGGAUUCGAGGAGGCAGUCCCAAGAACCACGCGUCAACCCUUCGAACGACGCUGAAGAUUCGACUGCCCCAAUUGCUCGAGUCGAGGCAGACCAGCCGACCGAUCGUGGGUUGGCUGGUGGGGCAAUGGACGCUCCACAGGCUAGCAUUGAUGCCACAGACAGGGAAUUGACACAGAACCGGCGUCAACGCUCGUCGAAGCCGGAGAAAAUUCGAAGGUCAUUAAGGUCCGCAGCCCAUGGCCGCGAUGCACCAUCGGACGAUGCGACCUUCGGGCCGCAGGCUACACAUGACAAUACCAAUGACGGAGCCAUAACAGACGCGGAUGCGCCACACCAAGUUUCAGACGAUGACGAUCAUGACUUGGACGAAGCGGUUCCGAAAACGUCGAAGAAGCCAGCGACACCCCGUUCUAAACGUCCUUCGAUGACACAAGCGCCCCAGAGUUCACCUCGUCAAUCGAAACGAAUCUUGAAACGCAAACAAACAUCCCAGGGAAUUACUAUCGAUCUCACGGAAGAUGACGAAGACGACGUUGGGCAUCGCAGUCGCAGGAUCCGACGUUGA